AUGGACGACGAGCGGCUGCCCAAACGACUCUUCUACGGAGACGUCGCGACGGGUUCUCGCCGACAAGGAGGCCAAAUUCGCCAAAACAAGGAUACUCUGAAGUCCUUCCUGAAGCGUCUGCGAAUAAACCCGACCAACUGGGAAGGGCUCGCACUCGACCGACCGACCUGGAGGAGGACAGUGAAAACGGGCGCUGCGAUCUACGAAGCCAACCGCAUCGCCGCCGCCAAAGAGAAACGCGAAGCCCGCAAAUCACAGCUGCGCCCAGUACGCAACGCCGACGCACAACCGCUUCCAACGUGUCCUUGA